AUUUUUACUAUGGCACAAAAUGCUUGACUUGCUCCAGCAGAAUCCUUCUAAACGCACAAGGAUGCAGCCCCCUGUUGUCGCUGCUUGUGACUGCUCUCUCUUUCUCUGCUCUUUCAAGCAAAGCAAAGCUGCGGUGAGACUGAAAGAAGAUAUGAAGAAGGUAGUGGCACUUCCAGGCAAAGGGCAGCCCCCUGCCCCCUGCAGGAAAGUAUUUGGAGUACCACUCAAGGAUCUGCACCGGGAGGGGUUAAUGAUGAAUGGGGUCCCAGCUGUGGUAUGGAACAUUGUGGAGUACUUGCGCAAUGAAGGGAUGCAGCAAGAGGGGCUUUUUAGGGUGAAUGGGAAUGUCAAAUUGGUUGAACAGUUGCGUCUUAAGUAUGAGAAUGGGGAUCACGUUAAUUUGGCUGUGGAAGGCGACGUCUGUUCAGCUGCCAGUUUGCUUAAGCUGUUUCUCCGAGAGAUGCCAGGAGGCGUGAUUGGAGCUGCAGUGUUGCCCAGGAUUAUUCAGGUUUAUCAGGACAGCGGAAGUGAAACACAAAGGAAGCAUAAACUAAAGGACUUGAUUAAAGAACUGCCUGAUACUCACUACAGCCUGCUAAAGUACCUGUGCCACUUCCUGACACAGGUGGUAGACCACCAGGGAGAAAACAAAAUGAGCAUCUACAAUUUGGCCACAGUUUUUGGACCAAGUUGUUUCCAGGUGCCCUCUGGGAUAGAAGGUAUGAAGCAGCAGGAAACUUGCAACAAGAUCAUGGCUAAGUUACUUGAAGAUUAUUCUAAAAUCUUUGAUUGUGAAGACACUGUCAAUGAUGAAUUGUGGGAAGAUACAGCAAGAAUUAUUACAGUGAAGGAAUAUAAUGCAGAUGAGUCCCUCACUCCACGUUUGGCUGAAAGAGAUAUUCCUUGCCAGUCCUUAUUGGAAAAGGAUGUCAUGCCUGAUGCUGUAGUCAAAAUAGAAUAUGCUACAGAGAAUGUGGUGCCUGGUUCCUCCGCAAGGGAAAAGGUGAUCAAGCCCAAGGCUGAGACACAGCUACAAGAAUUUCUGGUGCCAAAGCCAAAAACAUCCGGCGGGAUCCCUCAGGCCAGCGUACGGGUGACAGAAAGAAUUGCCUGCCCUGAGGACAUGAACCUGGUGGAUCAUGUCUCCUUAAUUACAAACAGCAUAGAAUCUCUUCACAGCUCUCAGGAAGAUGAACGUCCCAUGUCACCCUUCUACAUGAGUGGUCACGUGGCUCAAGUCAGCACUAUCACUCCGUCUAGAGAACUUCUGGAGCGUACUAUCAGGUCGGCUGUGGAGCAGCAUCUUUUUGAUGUGAUUGGACCUGGAAGCCAAAGUUCUGAGGAAUCGGAAUCUGGAACAGCUUCUCCCUCUACUUGUUUGUCAGCCAGGCAGAGGAGAAGACAUCUGAAAGAACAGGAUGAGAUACGAAAAAAACCCAGAGACAUGGAAGUGAUUAAUAAAGAAAAUAUCCCAUCUGGGUGUGGAUGCCUGGAUGAUUGUGACUUAACAUCUCAAGAAGUAGAAAAGAUUCAGGAAAGUUGUUCCGGGUACAUAGAAGACAGGAUCAAGCCAAAAAGACAGAAAUCUAGCAGCAAACUCUCUGAACUGAAUGACAACAAGGACAGUCCUCUGAGCACAGAAAACUUUGGAACCUCAAAAGGAGUGGACAGGCAAGAACUAACCAACAUGGAAGUAUUGGUGGAAGCUAGCAAAGAAUGUGAAAAUGAAAGAGAAUAUUCAAGAUUCCCACAGAACGCAAAGAUGAAGAUUCAGGAACAUCAGAAAAGCUCAGAAUCUCGGCAGCAGAGAAGUCUGGAGGUGGAUGUUGUUGAGGAGGGCUUUGUUACAGAGGUGCCUCGCCUGGAUCUCACGUCACUGUGCAAUGACAACUGGGAAGAACCAGUUCCUUCCUUGGCCUCCUGGCAACGAGAGGGGGUAGAUACCGAUGAAGCGCGGCUAUCGCCACAGGCUGGGCGUCUUAUUCGCCAUCUUCUUGAUGCAGACAGCGACCCUAUGCUCUCACCACGCUUUUAUGCAUAUGGGCACAGUCAGCAGUAUCUGGAUGACACAGAAGUGCCACCUUCUCCUCCAAACUCCCAUUCGUUCAUGAGUAGGAGGCGUAGCUCGUCAUUGGGAUCACAUGAGGAUGACAGAGAUGAUGACCUGACCCCUGCACAGCUCACACGCAAAGUCCAGAGCCUCAAGAAAAAAAUACGCAAGUUUGAGGACAGGUUUGAAGAAGAACGGAAAUACAGGCCUUCUCACCGAGACAAGGCUACAAAUCCAGAGGUUCUGAAAUGGAUGAAUGAACUUGCAAAGUUUCGAAAGCAGCUAAAAGAGUCAAAAAUCAAGCUGUCUGAAGAGGAUGUAGUUCCUCAGAUGCGACAGAGGAGCAACACACUGCCAAAAAGCUUUGGCUCCCAGCUUGAGAGGGAGGAGGAUCGGAAGCAGGAAGCUUUAGGGAAGCCAUCUAUAGAGACUACAUUGGAUUCUAUCGAGAAGAAGCUUCAGGAUAAAAGAACUGAGGCUACACGACCUGAAGAUAUUAAGGACAUGACCAGGGAACAGGUUGGAGCAGAGAAAGUGUCACUUCAGAAAGCAUUGCUUUACUAUGAAAGCAUUCACGGGAGGCCGGUAACAAAGAAUGAGAGGCAAGUGAUGAAACCACUCUACGAUCGGUACAGGCUAGUCAAGCAGGUCCUUUAUCGCGCAAACACCAUCCCUGUCAUUGGAUCCCCCUCAAGCAACCGGAGAAGCCCUUUGCUGCAGCCAAUAAUCGAGGGUGAAACAGCAUCCUUCUUCAAGGAGGUAAAGGAAGAAGAGGAUGGAUCAGAUGAAGACACAAAUGUAAAAACUGAUUUUGCCGUUACCAUGAAACCAGGUUUCACCAUGCGCAGCUUUUUGGAUCAGCUGGAGGAUGACACAGAUGGAUUUGUGUCCCCAGUCGAUGACAAGACACCUUCAAAGAGUACCCAAGACUUGGGUCUUAGCAACCUUCAUUCUGCUUCAGUGGCAGAACUUAUAGUGCAGCUGCAGGAGGGAAGAGAGGAAAAGAAGAGAAUACGAAAAAAACUCAGAGACUUUGAAGAUAAUUUUUUUAGGCAGAAUGGGAGAAAUGUGCAGAAAGAAGACCGAACCCCUAUGACAGAAGACUACCAUGAGUACAAGCAUGUAAAGGCAAAACUCAGGCUGCUGGAAGUCUUAAUCAGCAAAAGAAGUUCUUCUCAGACCAUGUAACGAGGGAGAAGCUUUACUGAAUUAGAACAGCUUAUAAGGCGAGUCUGUACAGUGAGUGACUGAGCAGGCACACCAUAAUGCUAUAAGGGGGUAAACCCUCCUUUAUGAAGUGUCAUUGGUUCCUGACUCUCACUGUGGUCUACAGAGCAUUCAAGUGGUCUGGAUGCUUCAGAAGAAAAUAGCCGGGCCGGCUUAUGAAGAUGAAUGAAGAAACCUAAGAAGAAACCUAAUGAUUUGACACGUAUGGCUGCUAUCUUCAUAGUUUUCAGAUUCUGACACAAGAAUUGUGUUUCUGCAUUAGAGUAAAGCAAGAAAAUUGUGGAGUAAAGAAAGGUACAUUUUAACCUUGAGGCGCAACUCCAGUGCGUAUAUGUUUGGAGUAUGACAGCCUGGUGUAUUCUGUUUGAGACUGGAUUUGUUUUCAAACUUGGAUGCUUUUUCUCAUAGUUUUAUACUAACUUUUUUACAUACUGCAUGGAAUAUGGCCAUCGUCUUUACAAACUUGAUUAUAUUAUAGCCAUCACAAACUGCAAUGUUGCUGCUCUGUAACGCAAAUAGAUGGACCAUGUCCUACAUUCAGGUUGUGAUACAGUUAUAUACCUUAGUCUGCGCUUUACCUCAUGUCAACACUACGUGGGUAUCCGCUCCUGCACAAGAAUACAGAACUGAUACCAUUUACCUUGGAUUUUGGAGAGUGGAUAAAAAUAUUUGUGGGAAAAACAUUGCAGUUCUGACCCAACAUGGCAUUAGAUCUUCAAGAUGGAAUGAAGCAAAUCAAGAAACUGAUUUUAUUAUGGGCAAACAUUAUUUAAAAUAUAUAUAUAUUUUACUAUUUUAACCAGUAUGUUUCUGAUGAACAGUUUUAUGUAUUUACAAAAAAUUAUUUUUGGUGAUUAACCUUAUCUGUUCAUAGAUUACAUGAUGAUUACAAUCACGUAUGUAUUGGAGGUGACAGGGGUUAUCCCUUUUCUGCAGCAUGCACUUUCUCUAUUUUUUUUAUAACACAUCUGUACAAAUUUGAUGCAUAACGUGUGUCUAUCUGUGAAGUUAAUUAUUAUUAGGAAAUUCUGAGAGCCUUGAAUACAAAGUUUGAGCUCAUUUUCUCAUCUCCUCUUACAUUUCAUAUAACAGCUUCAAAGAUUUUUGUAGAAGACUGAAUACACUAUACUUAACCUAGAGCUUGCCCUGCAGUGCAAUUAAAAAAAAUAGGCAAUAGACGUUCACCCUAACAUUGUCAACUUCACAAUCAUUUUAUGAUUAAAGCAGAUUUUAAAUAUGUUUUUUUUUAAUUAAAGUUUUACAGUCCAGCUGUACUUGUAAUGACAUAAGGGAUAUGUUAUGUGUGAUUUUUUUUUUAUCUGGUGUUAACCUUGAAUCAAACCAUAUUUACUAUGCAAUGUCAAUUGAUGCUUUAAUUUCUGACAAAUCACAGGACCCUAAAAGCUACUGCAUAAAAAAAAUAUAUUUUUGCUUCCGAACUUUUCCUACAUACAAAUCAUUUUGUAAACAUGGGUAUGAUGUAGUUAUUCAAUAUUUUUUGUAGAUCUUUAAGUUUAAAAAAAAAAAAAAUCAAUCAAAGCCAGUUUGAAAAUAUUCCCACUACUCAUCCAAUUGAGUAUAGUUUCACUUAACUUAGCCAUGUAUUAUUGAGCUGCUCUGAUAUAAUUCUAUAACUACUAACGGCGUAGUCUAGAGUACAAAUUCAUAUAUCACCAGCGAUUCUUACUUAAGGUAAGUGUCACGGGCUGUUCAAUAAUAUAUGUGAUUAUUGUUUUUAAAGAAUGAGUGCUGUGUAUGGUAAUUCAAGGCAGAGAACCAAUGGGUUUUUUUUUUGAGGGGGGGGGGUUGUUUUGUUUUUUUGACCAGCAAAUUAUAUUUAUAAAUGUGUCUGUUUUUAAGUAACAUUAUUUUAUAGAUCUGUUGCCUGUCAAAUUCACUAAAAAAAGAAAUGUAAAAUUACCCUUUUACAAAGUCUAUAGUUUGUUGGCCAAUAUUUGUUUUCUAUUGAUGAGUGAACUAGCACCUAAGUGUCUUUAUUAUUUCUCACGUCACUCUAUAAGUACCACUAUUUUCUUUAUACACCUUUUCAUUCUCACUUCAUCCCUCUUUUCCCCUCAGCAGAUAAGGUUCCUUCUCUCCUCUAUUUUUCAUCACUUGAAGACACAAUUGAAAUAAACUGGAUGAUGCAUCUAGGCCUGGGUUCUUCAAACUUUUUUUCCCAAGACCCAGUGCAAUGAUACCACAUAACGUUGCAACCUUAUUUUUAUGCUUGGUCUGAAAAUUUCUGAAGUAAUAUACAACAGGAUAUCUGCAAUUUUUGUCAAAGUGACUAAAAUGUGUGUGUACUUUAUUUCUGAUUGUAGCCAAACUUAAACAUGUUCUAAAAGGUAAUAACACACACAAUCUCACACGACUCACACACACACACUCAUACAACUCUCACACACACUCUCCUACAACACCACACACACUCAUACAACUCUCACACAUACUCUCCUACAACACCACACACACUCAUACAACUCUCACACAUACUCUCCUACAACACGACACACCCUCAUACAACUCUCACACACACUCUCCUGCAACACCACACACACUCAUACAACUCUCACACAUACUCUCCUGCAACACCACACACACUCAUACAACUCUCACACAUACUCUCCUACAACACCACACACACUCAUACAACUCUCACACAUACUCUCCUACAACACGACACACCCUCAUACAACUCUCACACACACUCUCCUGCAACACCACACACACUCAUACAACUCUCACACACACACACUCAUACAACUCUCACACAUACUCUCCUACAACACCACACACACUCUCCUGCAACACCACACACACUCAUACAACUCUCACACACACACUCAUACAACUCUCACACACACACUCCUAUAACACCACACACACUCUCCUACAACACACACGAGACACGAUCCAGUAAACAUGGUGUUGCGACCUGGUAAUGUGUCACAACCCAUGGUUUGAAGAGCCUUGAUCUUUGCUAAUAAUGGCACCCCUUGGUUUAAAGCUGUAUAUGUAUAAGUGAAAGCGUCAGGAGAGAACUUUUUUAGAGUGAUUACGUUUCAGCACACAGUGUACAAUAUCAUUUUCUGCACAAAUAGACUUAUUUGGCCACCUGUUACUGAUGAGACAGUAAACACUUGGAUAUUGUAAUAUAAAAUGCUUAGUUAUUUUACUCUCUUUUCCUGUAAUUUAAUUCUGCAGAUGAUGGGUUUUCCCGUUCUGAUAACUGAUAUGGCGCAGCCUUCAUAAGCCUCUCCUUGCCAAAUAUCUGUCCCUAAUUUCCUGUUUAUCUUUUCAACUGAAGCCAAACAAUGGAUAUUUUACUAACACAAUGAUAGUGGCAGUUCUUGUCAUGAAGCUUUACUUCUCCAAAUAAGGAAAGUGGUGGAUGGAGUUAGACUAUAAAAAAAACAAAUGUAGCAAAUUACAAAGUGUUUACUGUUCCUUUAAGAAUUAGAGAAACAUCCUAUUAUUUUUACCGAUUUCCCAGGGAAUAUGACAAUGGUGUGUGCUACCUGCUCAGCAUAUCUGUUCCCAAGACAUUGGUUUCUUCUUUCUCUGAAUAACAUUACUCGUCAUAAAUUAUAGAGUGGUAGACCAGUUCCAUUUAUUCUGAUACUGGCGCAUAUCAUUGCACAACCUUAGUCAUUUAAAAAUAAACGUGCCAGCAAAAUUUAAUAUGAAGCCAUUUGGAAAGCUUAACAGAAGCAAGUUAAUAUAUAAACUAUAUAUCAGACUUAUUUGUGUUAAAAAAAUAUGCUAAUACUAUUGGCAACUUUGCUCCUGUACAUUUCAACAGCAACAUUUAUUAAGUAUUUCAUUAUAAUUAACACUGUUUUUAGAAUAAGCUUGAUUUUUAUUUUGACUAAUGCUAUCCAUGGUUACAGGGCCUAUUGGAGCUUAGACUUUCAUAUACAGAUAUGAACAUAUAACCUGUUCAAGACGAGUGUCACAGACAUAAAGAUGCACACAAACCCAGAAGAACACGCGCUGGGAACAAACGGAUAGGACUGGGGAGAGCAAUGUGUUAGGCAAUAUUCAGAUCUGGAGAUGUAGAACAGCAGGGAAUAUGGCAAGUACGGACCUCAUAAACAUUUUAAGGGCCAUUAUAGAAGAACAUUACAUGCUGUAAUUCAGUAGAACAUGAAAUGUUAGGACUAGCGACCCUGCAACUGUAGGUCUUGUUAAAUUACCGCCACCAAUUAGCUCAGCAGCUGAAUCUACUUGGGACCAAGCUGUACUUUAGCUAUGUAUUUAAUCCUAUUGCAGGGAUUAAGCUCAUAGGGGCUGAUGGUUUAAAGCUCUGCUUUUGAGACAUUAUCUAACAAGUCUUAUCAGUACUGCAAGGUCUCUUAAAUCAUUUUAGAAAUGUAACUUUUCAUUUCAGAGCUGUUUAUCUUUCUAUACGGAGUUCUGGAUGUGCAGGAGAGUUACAUACAUAGUAACAUGAUGCACAGAAAAAGCCCCAAAAGAUUUUAUGUGAGUUUUCUCCUCGGGGGCGAGUUAUUGAUCAUCAGGCCUGUAGAGUUGCAGGGUCGCUAGCUCUAAAAUGACAUGCUCUUAAUUCAUGUACUAGCUCUUUACGGGCAUCUUCUUUGUGACCCCUAGCUAAUCUGUUGGUCAACACUGUUAAAGCCUGAGAUUUCCAUCUUACAUCCCAUUAAAUUAGUACCUGAUUUCCUUUUAUUUUUUGCUAAAGCAUCACACUGAGCAAUAAGAAUGUAUUUUUUCAUAAUUUCUGACUAAUUUUGCUAAAAUCUCAUCUUGUAAUUAGAUUUUAGCACAUCCUGUGUUUAUAUUAAUCAUGGCUUAGCUAUAUGCCACCAUACGUUUUUACGCAAUACAAAGUUUUUAUUGACCUUGCAUAAAUAACUGUUUUUCUCUGAAUAUAAUAAAUAGACAUGUGCAUUUGGUUAGCUAAGAUUCUAAUGCGGACUAACGCAGCCAAUAGUGGCAUUGGGCUUUUUUUCAUAGCCAGAUUUAUUCUUGUGAAAGUGCAACACACUAAGAUCUGUGCAAAUCCAGAUCUUAGUAUGUUGAGCUUUCAUUAAAAAAAAAAAUCUGGCUCCGAAAAAAGACUAAUGCCACCAGUGGCCACCUUCGUCCGCAUUCAGAUCCUAACGAAGAAUCAGAAAGAACACUUCUAAUAAUAAAUAAAAUAUAUAUAAAAACAAUUCUUAAUAAACUCUUCAAUUGUGGAUUAUGAGCUUUAAUAAGUGAUUACUGUACUGCAGAGAGAUUUUCAAAUAAAACCAUCUAUCAUUUUAAAGUAUAACACUUAACCAGAGAACUUAAAGUAUAACACUUAACCAGAGAACUUAUUUUCCUGCUUCAGUUUCGUCUUGUUAGUUUGUUUUUGCUUUUUAUCAUCUUAGUGGCAGUGGGAUUUUUAUUUAAUUUCUAAAUAAUUUUUUCAUUAUUUAAAUUAGUUUGCUCAAAUACAAAGUGAAUUUAUAACUCAUAAUAAUGUAUUUUUGCAGAUUAGCAUCUUCUCAUGAUAGGAGCUUUCAGGUGUUCUGGUUGGUGAAUGUGCACUGUAUCUGGUUCAUUUGUCUCAUCAGUUGCUUUGUUCUAGUAUUGAAAAUUCAAAUGUUUUAAACUCGGCAUUUCAAAUUUAAAUUUUCUUCUAUACUAGAAAAGUUCAAAUGCUAAAGACAAGCUAUGCGGCACUAAUCAAAAGGCAGCAAACUGUGUGCACAAUAAAGCUACUUCGUUCAUAGCAUCAUGUGAAUAGUAAUAGUAAUGGGGUUAAAAAGCACAGUAUUUAGUGUGUAUACCCUUACACACUACACACACAUAAAUGGGACAUUAAAGGGACAGUCAACACCAGAAUUUUUGUUGUUUAAAAAGAAAGAUCAUCCCUUUAUUACCCAUUCCCCAGUUUUGCAAAACCAACACUGUUAUAGAAAUACACUUUUUACGUCUGUGAUUACCUUGUAUCUAAGCCUCUGCAGACUGCCCCCUUAUUUCAGUUCUUUUGACAGACUUGCAUUUUAGCCAAUCAGUGCUCACUCCAAGGUAACUUCACAUACAUGUGCUCAAUGUUAUCUAUAUGAAACACAUGAACUAAUGGCCUCUAGUGGUCAAAAUGCUUUAAGAUUAAAGGCAGUCUUCAAGGUCUAAGAAAUUAUCAUAUGAACCUCCUAGGUUUAGCUUUCAACUAAGUAUAGCAAGAGAACAAAGCAAAAUUGGUGAUAAAAGUAAAUUGGAAAGUUGUGUAGAAUCACAUUCCCUAUUUAAUCAUGAAAGUUUUUUUUGGACUUGACUGUCCCUUUAAAUGUAAUUUUUAACCCCUUCAGUUUGUAGUAUACCUUUUUACGAAUUCGAUGAAAGCAAAACUUGUAAUCACAAAGACCAUUACACUAAGUAAAACUGCAUAAUCGGCAAAUUAAUAAUAAAAAGAAUGAGGCAGAAGAAGCGCUGAGUCUUUGGGUGAAUAUAAAGAGUUUUAUUAGGAGCAGGCUUCCAUACUAGACAUCAGGUAGGCUCCUAUCUUACGCGUUUCGCGCAUAAUUAAAAGACCAUGGAAUAACCCUUACUUUGAAUUUGAAAUGACAAAUUUCAUGGUCUCAUUCAUAUCCCUUUAAUCCCCUAGCCUGUAGUGUUGGUUUUUUUUUAGCAGCAGAAGGUAUAGCCAAUGACAAGCUUACCGUCCACCAUAUGCAGUUCCUUUCCAGCAUGCUCCUGGUGAAAGUCUGCAGUGUCCCUUUUAAGAAACACUAAAACACUUUCAGGUGGUAAUAUUAAAUGAUAAAUUAUAUAUAUAUAUAUAUAUUCUACAAUAUACUUUCAUUUUAUAUUUUGUCUUCUUUUCCUCUAAUUAUAUUCUGACAUUGCGAGCAUUUUAGUUCCUGUUAGAAAUAGAAGUGCAGAACACUGUUAUAUUCUACACAGCCAUUGGCGGCACACUCCAGUGACCUAUUUAUAACUGUCCCUAAUUGGCCAUAGCAGUGAAAGUAACCUAAGUUACAACAUGGCAGCUCCCAUUGUUUUAUGCACACUAAAAUUUUACACUUAUUUUGUCACAAUUUAAACAACUAAUGAAACUUUAAAAAAUACAUCUACCUGUUAUUCAGACAAAUCUGUUCUUUGAAUGCAUCAUUCUAUCUGACAUUUAUUUAGUGUUCAAUGUGCCUUUAAAAGGCAUCUAGACAGGUUGCGUUGGGAGUGUGCUGAAAGGAAAUUGCAUAUGGCAGGCAGUAUGUUACCGUUUGGUUAUACUGCCUGUAGCUAAAAUAUUAUAUAUUAUACAGCCAGCAAAUGUAUCAAAAGAAUAUACAUUUUUCUUAAUUUUUGAAAACCAAAUCCUUUUAUUUAGAAGAAUACUGUAUGUUCUGCUUUAGAGUUAUGCUAAAGUCAAAAUGAAGCUUUCAUGAUUCAGAUAGAGCAUGCAGUUUUAAACAACUUUCUAAUUUACUUCCAUUAUCAAAUUGUGCCCAGUCUUGUUAUAUUAUAUUCACAUUUUGCAAGAGUAUAUACAUAUAUGCAUUUUUUGAUUGGCUGAUGGAUUUCACAUGAUACCGGGGGUAGGAAAUAUAAGCACAUUUUGAAAUUUGUCAGAUUAAGUUCUGUUGCCUUGUCUUGUUGCUAAGCAUUUGUUGAAUUUUAUUGUAUGUAGUGGUCCUUUAACCAUACCAUAUACUCAGAUUGGUAGAUUCUAGUUAGUUUAGAAUUUUUUGCAAGUUUUAGGUUUUCUCUUGGAUAUUUUGAGUUUAAUUUUUUAUGAAGUUCAGUAACCCAUCUUUCUUGAAAAGGUAACACACUGCAGUAGUGUUAUCCUGAUGUCUUUCAGUUCAUACUUUUUAAAUAAAGCAGUUUGACAUGGGCUAAAAACCCAAACACCAUUAUAGAUCAUAGGUAACCCCCCCAUCAUCAUUAUGUCUUAUGUCCUCUUAAAGAUGCAUCAGACAUUAAAUUCUAGUUAUAAUGAUGCCUUUAAAGCAAACAUCCUGAGAAUAGUAUAUAAAUAUAUAUGGAUGCUAUAUAAAAAGCAAAGUUGUUGAAAUAUUGAAGAAAUAAGUGUAAAAUUAUGGUUGCCACCAUUUUGAAACUAAGGUUUCCCUUAUCUAAUCUCUCUUUGGGUCUGAUAUUCAAAACCUUGAGAGAAAUUGAGUGAAUUCAUGCAAAAUCUAUAAUACCUUGUGUUGUAAUGUAGAAGUCUCUGUUUCACAUAAAGAACACUACAUAGCAACAUAAACAUUUCUCAAGAUAACAUUUGUGGGGUGGGGGGGGGGGUUUUGGUCUUGCCGUACCGACGAGACUUUAUUAGAUUAUCUCGCCUUAGUGACAAGGUUUUGAAUCUUAAAGUGUUUAAUGUCCCUUUAAAGGGGAGAUAAAGGAUCCAUUUCCUUUUUCUUCCCCAGUCUCCAGCACAAAAAGUAUAGUGUUAAUAGCACAGUGGUGAUUUUUUUAUGAAAAAAAAUAUACAUUCCUUAUAUUGUAUUGCAAUACACCAAAAGUAUUUAUGGAAAAUGUGCUGCUUCAUUUCUCCUAUUCAUUCAGAGGGUACCUUGCAUGGAAAAUGAAAUUCACAUUAAUCAUAGCUAGUCAUGUGUAUUUGGAAGAAAAUCAAUGGCAUUUAGCUAUUUACGGAGCCAGGUAUCUUCUUGUGAAAAUGCAACACAAUAAGAUCUGUAUUUGCAAAGAAAUCGGGCUCUGAAAAUAGAAGGAUGCCAUUGGCGGCUGCCAUCUUCUGCAAUUGUUUCCUUCCGAAUGAAUGUGCCAACCUAUUGCAGUCUAUAUUAUUUACAUGUGUUACAUUUCUCAUUAUUUAGACUGGAUGAGGUGGAUGUAAUGCACCUAAUUAAAUUGACUGGAAUCCUAACUAUUUUAACCAACCUAUUUAGAUAUGAGAACCGUAUUUCAAUUCAACACCACAUAUGAAGUGUAAACAAAAUUAGUAUUUUUAAGAAAUAUUCAAGGAUAUAGAGUGAUCACUGUAUCAUAAUGUAUUUUAUAUAGAUGUACCCUUGAACAUUAUUUGUAAGAGUUGCAUCUAUUGUGUUUUAAUUACCACGUCUGCUUUACAGUAUUUUGCAGCAUGAAAAAGCCACAUCAUUUAAGCGACUGGAAUGAAAUUAGCAGAACUAGGUCCAAAUCAAACAGCCCAGUUUUGUGUGGGUUUGCUGUUCUGGCAAAUAUACGUUAUGUUUCUUUAGAUUAUGUGAUUUUGCCUUUUAGAAUCUAUUAUGUUUCUUUAGAUUAUGUGAUUUUGCCUUUUAGAAUCUAUAUAUGAUGAGUUUCCGUUGCCCCAGGUGCUGCGUACAGCCUUUUAGAUGUUUCCGUCAUAUGCGUCAAUCUGUUACUCUUCACACACACAUAUUUAAAGGGACAUAAAACCCCAAACUUAUCUUUCAUGAUUGAGAUAGAGCAUACAGUUUUAAAAAACUUUCCAAUAUAAUUAUCAAAUUUGCUUCAUUCUCUUGUUGCAGCCACCAAUUUGCAGCUAGCUCCCAGUAGCGCACUGCUGAUCCUGAGCCUACCUAGUUAUUAUUUUCCUAACAAACGAGAGUAAGCAAAUUAGAUCAUGUGAUAUUUAAUAGCGUUCCAAUUUACUUUUAUUCUCUGUCUGACUCACAACAUAAAAAUUGUGGGGGUUUAUAUCUCUUUAAACAUUUGGGGUGAGUCAAUUUUAAAGGUUGAAAGGCUACUUCUUGGUUGAGCAAUGCUGACUGCACAUCAUUGAAUAGACCUUUCUAUAAAUGUAGUAGAUUUAUGGAUAAUCUAAUUGCAGUGGCAGACCUUACUCCUGUCAUAUAGGUGAGCACUGAUAGGAUGUUAGUAUUUACUUUACGAAACAGCGUAAUCAUUUUUUUCAAACAGACCUCGUUUUUGUGAAGAUGACAGCUAAGUACAUCAGAUACAUAAUCAUAAUUCAAUAUCACAUGGCCAAGUUUAAUUUUUUCAUAUAUAAAUACCUUUUAUAUCUCCCAGGUACAGGUUGUAGAUUAAACAAGCGCUUGCACAUGCAACAAAUCUUAUAAAUGUUUUGCAGAUCUCUCUAUCCUCAAAUUGGUCUAAACUUAAUCCUAAGAAAAUAACCAUUGUUGAUUAUAUGUUGCACAAUUAUAUGACUAUGUUAAUGUGUUCUGGAUGUUAAAGCAAGCUCUAUAUCAAUAGCACUUUUCAACUGUUUGCUUUGGGAUGGCAGGAGUGUCCUUUUGUAUGUAUAUAAGAGAAGGUUGUAUGCGUACAAUUUUUGUAUACUGUAUUUUGUAUAAAAAAAAAUCAAAAUAAAGCUAUUUUUGAAUGCA